AGAAAGCAACAAGAAAGUGCAAAAUGGCGACCCUGGACGAUAGUCCGUCGCUAUUUAUUGGCAAAUCUUGGUCCGAAUGGGCCGAAAAUGUCCCUUUGUCACCUUUAGAGGAAAACGAAGCUGACGGAUCCCUUGAAAAAGACAGCGAUGAAACGGAUAGCAUGCGUUUGCCUUUUGAGGAUAUGCACAUGUUUGGUACCUGCCCCUCACAGGAUGAGUUCUAUCUGGUCAUGUGUGAGCGAUGUCAGAAGGUCAUCAAGCCACAAGCUUUCAAGCAACAUCUCUUUGAGCGACAUGGAAUCACAGAAUCCAGCACGUCACCGACAACGGAGUCUUCAUACCCCACCUCCAAGCUCUCCUCCCCUUCCAAACUAACCUCACCCACGCGGACAAAUUUCAGACAUUCAGUCCCGACAAAAGCUAGCAUGAAGGAGGUGCCUCCUUUAGUCAGUAGUACUCAGAAAAUGGGUUUUGGUGCAAAGCUUAAGGGGCUGGACAGGUCAAGGAGAAAUCACUCCAUGCCCGUGGUUAAAGUUGAGCGCAUGGAGAUGAAACGAGUGGCGUCCCAACACUUUGAUUCCCUCUCUUCCAAGCCCCUCUCUGUCCUCUCUCCACCCUCGGGCUUGGCCAAUGGGAACGCAAAAGACAAUUUUUACGAGCCAGCUGACAAAAAACCGGUAGUGUCUGGCGCGGACAGGGUAGUCGCUGAGGCACCAAUCAAAUCCCUCUCAACUGGUUCUUUGCCCCAAACUUCUGUCUCGCUCAAUUGUGCAACUGUUACCAUGGCAACUACAACGCUGACCACGGCUUCCACUUCCUGUGUUACAACCACUAAAUCAGUGGUUGGCACCACCACUGUUGCUGUGGUACAGUCACUGAAUAAUUCUAUUAACUCGUCCAGUAGUAAAGGAAUUAUCGGGACAUUUGGAAGCAGAAGCAGUCUCAGCAUGCCCAAUCUGUCAAGUUCUCUCAGUUCCUCUGGAUCAAGUUCAUCGUCGUCAAGUAAAAAGAAACCAUUCAAGUUCGAGAAGCCGGAAAAACUCAUUCCAUGCAAAGAUCGUGAAUAUGACUGUAACAAACAUUGUGGGGUCAUUGUUGAAGAGACAGGAAAAGCAUGUACAAGGUCACUCACCUGCAAGACCCAUGCCCUAUCUCUGAGGAGGAAAGUCCCAGGUAGGCGUAAACCUUUUGAUGAUCUACUAAAAGACCACAGAGAGGCCAAAGAGAUUCUCCUGAAACAAAAAGCUGAACAAAAGGCGGCCCUGCAAGCAGCUGCUGAAAAGAAGGCUCAGCAGAGCAAGAACCCCCCAGUUAUCCCCCCUGGGAGCUCCCAACUGGCCGCCCAUCUACUCCGCCCCACCCCACUUCAGUCCUAUAACGAUCAGCACCGAGAUAAGGCAUCGCACCCUCCUCAACUCUCUCCAAAGAAAACUGCCAAACCUCCUCAGAAACUCAACACUUCACUAUCACACAGACCAAGUCUCACAAGCCUUCAGUCCCCGCUGCUGUCCCCCACUAAAGAUGACCUCGGCAAUGGCCCCUCACUGGACGGUCAUGAUCGUCUGAGUGAUGGGGAGGGGGAGGAAGAAGAGGGGGACAAGUCGGACAGUUCAUUUAUACCCUACCAGCCACGCCCAGCUGCUAUGUGUACAUUCGGAGGUCGUCUGCACACAAUUGGUGGCCGCCGAAGUUACGUGUUUGGGCGUAAAACAGACAUUCUCAGGGCAGCAUUCCUCAAUGUGUUGGAAAAGCAGCUCAACCCCCCACCACCCAAAAAAUUGUGUGUGGAAUCCAACCUCCCAAAGGAUCCCCAAUUGCUAGGAGAUUCUAAAGAUCCAUACGACUUCACUGCCAUAGACCCCCGAACACAGCAGAGACAGAAUCCAGUAUUAAAUUCCAGUCACAAGUCAGGAUCCAAAUCAAAGUCCAAAUCAUCAUCAAAUCUGAAUCGCAGCAAAUCAAAAGACAGUUUACCCGGGUCCAAGAGCCCGGCUCAAAUAAACAGUGCUAUCCCAGCAAGCAGUGCUGGUGUGCCGCCACUGAAGCGCAAGCGCAGUGGGGGUGCGCUGACCAAUUCUAGUCCUUCAUCCCUCCCUGCUGCUGCCGCGCCCGUUUUUACUACCGUCAGUAUAAACAACACCUCGACCGGUCUGACUGCAAUAGCCAUUCCCAGUGUGAAUCUCAGCAACGCUACACUCGGACAUUUUAAUGCCAACCUGUCGGCUGCCUCAGCUGGCGGCGGUGGGAAAAAUGCCAAGAACAAUGUGUACAAAGACCUCGGCUUCGUGGUGACCAAUUUAGACUCGGCUCUCAUGAACGGACAGUACAUGAUAACUAAUGCUCACCAGACCCAGAGUCUGGACGAAAAGUCGCUGCAACAAGCGCAUGUGAUAAACAGUAAAAACAGUCCAAAGAUUCUGAACCUGGAGACUCUACAGGGGCUCCAGAAGGGGCCGCACAAUCUCAUCAGCAUGCCUCCCCUGUUACUGGACGGAUCUAUGCAGCCGGUUACUGCUGUUUUGACCCCUGUUUCCUUGACAACGACCCUCAGCAAUCAGAUUGUGUCGGUGGGAAGUUCUACCUCUUUAACAGCGUCCCAUCAGAAUAACAGCAUUAGGGCAGGAGCAGCGAGUCCACAGGUUGUCACAUCUCUCCACAACGGAUUGAUGCAGUCUUCCUCAGAUAAGCUGGUCAACAAUCGACACAACUUGCUCCACCACAAGAAGCCUGUACAUUCCCAGGCAGCUGCUGGCCAUGGAGUGAUUGGCAGCACCGUUAUAGCCACAAGCACCAACCCCCAGGUCAGCCAGAUCUAUGCCACCCAUCUCCUCAAACCUGGCAACCUCCUCAUCGGCAAACCCUCCAAUAAGUUUGCCGUGCCCCAGGGUUCUCUGACCUUGAACGUUGCCAGCCUGGGGAUGUCGGGGGUGGGGCAGCAGCCCACCCUGUACAUAGCCAGCAACGAGGACAUGUCACAACAGCAAGUGGUCAGUUCUCCCAGUCACAUGACGUAGCAUUAACCAUUGGUGGGAAAGUGUCUCGAUAUAUUCCGCCCUGCUCUGUGGCAUGUGACCAAUGGCUACAGGUUUUCAGUGUUAGUGUCAACGCCUGAUUGGACAGGCUGGUGCAUCAAUCAUUCAUUUAACCCGUCCCAUGAAUGGAGAUUAACUCAAGUCACCCUCACUGCAAUUCAUCUCCUAGACUUAUCUCUUUACAGUGAAGAUAUCCAGAAUUGGCAACAUCUUCUGACAACAACUGUUAUACCAAAGGUUAAUCGUAUACGAAUUUUCAGGGUUGUUUGGACUUUAGAUUUUUUCUCGUUUUCUUACUGAAGAUGUGUGAAAGUGAGAAUUAGUCUUUAACAAAUGGAAUCAUGGUUAGAUGUUUACUUGAGUCUACGCAUAUAUACAAUAAUAUCCCCUGCUUCUUGCAGUUUCUCAUGCACCAUUCCUGUUUUCCUGUAGAAAAUGUUAAUACCUGUACCAUGCUAAAUUUGAUUUAGAUUAUAAAGUCAGAAGUGUUUUUUUCUACUUAAAAAUUCAGUCACUGUGGAAAUUUCGGAGGUUUUUGGCCAAUUGAAAGCAGAGUUGUUUUGUUGGGGUUUUUUUGUAUUUUGCAAUAGAGAGGUACAUGUACAAUAUGCUUCAGUUUUAUCUAAAAUUCAAGAAUGAAAUAUAUCUAUAAUACUUUUUAUGAGGUCUAUUUUAAAUCUUAUAUUUACAGAAUCUGACAUUUAGAUCUUCAGAGGUAAAUGUAUUGACAAUCACACAAUGAAGAUAUACAUUUUUGUUUUUUAGUCUGAGAUGUUGCACAACUGUAUAACUAGGUAUUUUCUCGGCAUGGUAUUAACAUUUUUGAAAAAGGUAUAGAUAAUGCAUGUAUUAAUGCAAUGUGGCUAAAUUCACCUAUUUACCGUUAUGAUCCAAAUUUUUGGGGUGGGGUGGUUCUUAACAAAUAGGGGUAUUUAUUGUUAAAUUAUUCUUUAGCAGUUAUUGUGUACUCAAAGAAAUGAAUUGACUUGUGAACUUUCUAAUACAAUUGACAGUGUUUAAUACAUAUAUUUGGUCUGGUCAGUAAUACUGUACGAAGUUUUCUAUGUGUUACUAAAAACUACAGCAUUUUCAGCCAUGAAGACAUUUAUAUACACACUUUUGUAAAAUUUUACAUUGUGCGAGUGUUAAGGUAUUUUGAUUCUUUCAUGAUCGAGUGCUUUCAUCUAUUGAAGUUCUCAUACAGAUUUUUUUUUCCUGCCAAUAUUUUUAUCAUUUCAUAUCAAAAAAGCCAGGUACAUGAUUCAUUUUUCUUCUCUCUAUCAUUUAUUUCUCUCUAUCAUCCACUUCCCAUCCACACCAAACAAUUAAAAAGGAAAAUUGUAAGAUUUGCAAGCAAUUUGGGGUGAGUUAUUUUUUUCACAGCCUAGUUAGUAGGAAACUGAAUUAAAUUUGUUUUUUGGUCCAAACUCAUUGAUUUAACACUAAGUUUAAUUUUCUUUAAAAUAGAGUUUGGUGAUUUUAAGUACUUAAAGUAUUUUACCUAUAUGAUGAAUUACCAUCAAUGAUGCAUGUAUGUGGUAAUUUUGAGAACGUGUAUAUAUAAUGAAUUGCCAUCAAUGAUAAUACAUGAUCAUGUGAUAACAGUUCACUUCAACCUAUAAAAAGAAUUAAGUUUCUUUUCAGGCGAUAGUGCUAUAGUGUUUAAUGAAUGCUGGUGUAUCCAUUUCAAGGGGGAUGGGGUACUCUAAUAUCUGCUCCCCCCAACCCCCAACCCCCCAAAAACAAAUGUCUGUGAUAUAAAUUUUAUUCCAUGUCCCCGCUGAUGUUAAUAUGAAAUAAUGAAUGCAACAGUUUAGAAAUGACAGGAAUAUGGACAGUGAUAUAUCUAAUGUACAUACAUGUAAAAAGCAAUUUUAUUUAUGAAGCACAAGCAUCCUAAUGAUAUUACAUGUAUUAAGAUUGUUAAUAUAUAGUUAUUAAAAAUGUAUGAAUCGAUUAAGACUAGUGGUGAAAUUUUUUUCUCUCUUUUUUGGUUCCUCCGUUUUUCUCAUGUUGAUUCUAUGCUGAUCUUGGAAACUUUUGAUAAAGGCUUGAAAUGUGCAACGAGUUACUCCUUUGUGACGUAGUUUAAGGGAUAUAUUUGUACAGAUUAAAAGGAGACAAAACUGUAGUUUAAUAUUAAAAAUAACUUUAGAAUGUUAUACAUGUAUAUGCAUCAAGAAACAAAUAAUGCAGAAGAUAUAGGGCAUGUGAAUUAAUGGGGUCUUGCAAUUCCUCACCAUUUAACGGUAUUGUUACAGUAGGUAUGUUUUGGUUUUCUGCCUUUCUUGGGGGG